AUGAAAGACUUCAAAUUGCGCCGCUGUGUGGUGCUGGCGGACGGCUCCGCCAUCGGCAGCUACCAGCGCAACUCACACGAGACGCACACAGUCGUGCUCGAGCCCUCAGGUCACACGUACUCGUACAUACAGCCAGAUGGGACACGUACUCGGCACUUGACGCCCACCACACUCUCGAGUCAUCGGCCUUUGGUGCUAGACACUCUUAAUCUGCGCAACAGACUCACGAGCCACGCACCGUAUGUGCAUCUACGACUGAUAAACCCGAAGGAAGUGAGACAUCAGCGUCGAAUCCAGUCGCUGCGAGCGAGGUGGCCGCGUCUAGAGAGGAAGACGAAGGUCUCAAGACUGUUCAAUGACCAAGCCGAAUGCUUUGAGAUGCAGUCGAUAGAGGGCGCAGCUAAAGUACGACUACAUGCCAGUGGGAAGUUCGUGGAGAUCUACUAUGUGGUGGAAGUGAAGGUCUCAGACGAGGUCGUGGAGGGGAGCAGCCACGCGCACUAUGCAACACUACACUGGUCCUGUGCGGUGGGUCAAACACCUAAAGAGUUCACGUUUCCAGUGAAGAUUCUAUUGGCUGCGAAAGCUGCGUGGGAUAUAAAUCGAGAAGCAGAGAUUGAGUAUGAUGGAACGGACGAUGAGAGCUCUGCGAUAUCACAGUUGCCGAGGAAUGCCGCGUUCGCUGCACGUCCGGCGUUCUCGGUCAUUGCUACGAGUAGUGAUGGCGUUGAAGUGGAUGGAGAUGAAGAGAAUUGUUUAUCAUUGGCGGAGAUCCUGCGGGUGGCUACCUUACCUUCAAAGUUGUUGUACCGGCGUAUUGUGGUGGAGGUGGUAGGUGAUGAUACGAUGAUGUUCGUAUCGCGCAGAGCACCUGGCCAGCUACCGGAUAUUGUGGUGCAAUUGGGUAAUGAAGGCUCGUUGCUAACCGGAUGUGAUGGCUUUUUCACUUGGUAUGACGAGACAGGAAGACUUGAACAUCGAUUCACACGUGAAACAAUUCCACCUCCUACCACCCUCAAAACGAAAAAUUCUAGCAGCUCUGUGACCGCAUUAUGCCAACAUAUUGACUACAUCCUUCAAGCUUUCAAGUACACUUCACAUCACGUAAGUCAACACCCUCCGUCACUAUCGCAAACUGAUGACCUUGAGUUACUGGAAGAGGUGGAAAACGAGCAAGGCCGCUUCCGUGCGUAUCGUGGCGGUCGUAUUCGCGCUGCAUUCGCUGAUCGCACCAUCCUUCAAGUGGAACGCGACGGCGAGAGUUGUUCGUUUUUCUUUCCCGACGGCAGUACAGGACAAACCACGUUAACGUCAGCGCCACUACGACAUCGCACCUAUAUCUACCAAGCUCUAGAGUUCGGCGACUGGGCAUUUGCAUCUCCAGAAGAACGUAUGCAACGUCAUGAGAAACGACAAGAAGCUCAAGAGAUUGUCGCGCGAGAGCUACAGCGCAUUAGUGUGCGCUGCGGGAUGAACAACGACCUCGAGGUACACUACAAGGUGAAACCUGCUACCAAGGAGAAGGAAGUGCACGCAGACCCAUCGUUGGCGCUGUCGCUAGCUGCAGUACGAGAGCUUCAAGCAGCUACACUGGCGCAUAUUGCGAGUGUCGACCAUGCUCUACAAGCUGCAGCGUCCAUGGCGACCAAACGUGAAGAAACGUACUAAAAAUAGUAACGACACAAAAUUUGAUCAAACGAAACUGUCUAUCUCACAAAAUGCCGAAGCAGUGGGAGGUCCAAAAGAGGCAUUUACGGGUGAAGGCAGAGGCUGCAGUAGCGUCCUCAGUCGUCUACUUUCUCUUCCGCAGUGUCUCCUCUUCACUCUCCUUAGCCGCUACCUGUGCCUCAAUGUUCUUAACGGCAGUCUCAGCAGCCUCCGCUUGUGCCAUCGCCUUAGCGCGAGCCGCCUGCAUGGCCUUCAUCUGUGCCUCUGCCGCUUUACGCUGUGCUGCCAUUUGCUGCUCGGCGAUCUGGUUCAUAAACUGCACGGCCUGGGGGAAGAUUUUGUCGGGCCAGCCCUCACCUACAUCGAAUAGCAAUAGCAAACAGAUAAAUAACAGAUUUAAAAUCACAAUGAUGGAAUAAUAACAGCGUACCGGGCUUGAGCUCCUCUGCUUCUCUACGCA